AUGGUCCAAAGUCCCAAAAAGCUUUUCAAGCUUGCCUCCCGCAAACUCAAGCUACUCCAAGAGCAUGACGCAGUGGUGACUUCCGCUAUCUUCGUGGAGCUCAAGUUCUGGAUGAAAAAUCGCCCCGCCGUUGGCCAGGUCACGGUAGAUAACAGCACUCCCUCCACGGUUGUUGGGGUCUUCCCACCGAUCAAUAUCCCCCGAUUUGUUUAUUCACAGCUUGAAGCACAAAAGAUCACUGACGAGACUCAAGUCCCCAAUCAGAUUUCCGCGGCUCUGCACUUAAUUUCCGAGUUCUAUCCUGACGGAAACGGAAAAUCCUUCCCCACCCUCUUCGUCUAUCACCACAGGGACCGACAUCGAACAUACUUCCUUUUCGCCUACCUCGAACGCCGUAUGGCGACUCGUACCUACACCAUUGAGGAGCUGCUUACGCUCAAACGCCCAAGCUAUUCGGCCGUCCUGCUGAAGGCAAUCUGGAAGAGUAUUUCAGCCACUGGUAUUUCCAAGGGGCAGCCGGCUCUAGGACCUGCUGUGGAACCUGCUGUAGAGCCGGCCGUGGAGCCCGCUACCGAACAGCCCGCCAUGGAGCCUGCCCCGACCGGACGUCUGAGGAGGACAAAUGGAAACAUUUCCUCAUCUACGGGCAACGGCGAUGGCGCCUUCCGAGGCAAUGAGCAAGACCUCUUGACCGACGGAAUCACCGAGUGGCACUACCGCGGUCGCUCCGGAUCCGAAGUUGUUUCGAACGAGCCCAUUUCUGCCCCCACUGGACUCGCAGCACAACAGAGUGAGGGUUUUCAGAGAUUCUUCAAGGCGGUCGUUUCUCCGACCCAUGUUCGAGUCACUGCCGGUGGUAGAAUCGUGCCUAACAACCGUGGCUCUGCAUCUCCCACCGCGAAAUGGGACAAGGAGCGUUCGACCAUCGGCGGACAGAACUGUGUGAAUACAACCAAAAGCGAGAAGCCCCAGACCAGCGACGCCGUCAAUAACCAAAAUAUGAAUACCAUCCUCCCUCCCGCAGUCCCGGGGUAUCCCCUCAUCCAGAACAUGGGUUUACCCUUGCCCUUUUAUACUGUACCGAGUGGAGUUCCUUUGGUCUAUGGCAUUGCCCCUCAGCUAGUCCACCCGGGCGGAACCCCCCCGGUUCAGGGCAGUGAGAAUGCCGGAAUGGCGGCAAAGCCCGUCAAGGCCAAGGACGGGGCUGACGAUAAGAAGCGUAGACCCGCUCCAAUCAGUAUCCCGUUGGCGGAUCAAGCGGACCGGACGCGCCCGUUCUACUACAAUGGUAACGUGAUCUAUCCCUCACCAUGCUCGCCUUACUCGCCAUAUGGGAUUAGUCACGGCCAUGUUCCGACGAUGUCUCCCUACCAUUCAUUAUCACACGCGAUGGUUGGGAACCAGGCCUAUAGUCCUGCCGCUUUUACUCGCUUCGGCGGCCCUCUGAGCGCCCGUGACGGCCCCCAACCGUCACAGCCACACACGGCCCCGAUACCUGGAUUGGCAACCCCGAUCACGUCGAUCAGACCGAGUGAGAUUACCAAACGUCAGCUUAACUCGUUGAGGGCGUCUCUGAAGUACUACGAGGACCAACUGCAGUAUAAUCGUCACCAGAUUGACGAGGAGUGGACCAUGGAGCAGGCACAAGGCAUUCGAAGGAGCGUCCGACAAUUUGAGCAUAAUUACAAGAUGCAGGUCAACUUUGAGGCGACCUAUUACCCGAGGGCAUCGCUGGGUCGUGAGAGCCCAGCUUCGCAGACAUACCACUGGAAGGCACCUUCAGGACCUCCCAGCAUUGGGGCACACCGAGGGGGGAGCAAUUCCCAGAACAGCGCCACCCUCAAUGAUCGUAGCUCUAGUGUCUCGUUUUACCAACCAUCUGGGCGAAGUGGGCAGAGAACCGGCAGCAGCAAAAAUAACUCGGCCGUGGGGAUUAACUCUUCCAAAGGCUCCCACCUGGAGUUUUCUACAGAUCCCGCUCUAGAAGCUGUCAUUCAAGACAAGUUGAAGAGGGGCCUUGGAACGCCCGAUCCGACCAAGAGUGCUUCUAUCCCGGAUACGUCUGACAUUUACAGAUACGACAGUAACCAGUGGGGCCGUUUGCCUUUCGAAGAGCCGGAUGCCUGGAGUACCGAGUACCGAGGAGACCGUGCUGCUGUCGCCAAUGCUCACUCCCCGUCGGCGAGUUUCGCCGAGGGCUCCAGCAGUGCGCCAUACCUCGUUGGCACGCUGCCUCAAGGAGUGAACCCUUACGAUGCUCGGUCGACCGACUAUGUUUACUCGCGAGAGCUUACUGAAGAGGAGAAAAAGGCUCGUCAGAACUACUGGGGCCACCUCCCGAAUGCUGGACCCGGUCUGCCUAAGUUCGACGGCAGGGAUUUCUAUCCUCCCUCCCCUGUGAAGUCUACCCAUGCUCCCGAGAAUACACGGAAACUGAGUUCGCGACUGAUUCCAACUGGCAACGUGAACACUGACUACCGCACGCGAGCCCAGCCUACCGAAAACGAUCCUUUCUGUUCCAAUCGCGACAUUCGAAGUGGCUAUUCGCAAUCAAGUAGCCAGAGGCCUAGCAAGGCUAUCCCUAUCGUCGCCCCUAAUGAUGCUGACCGACGAGAUGAGUCUAAGAUGGAGGACGCUUCUCCAUUACCGUCAAAGACCGAUGACGACGACGCUAGUAAGAGGCAACAGAGAGGCGGCAAUACUUCGCAGGUGGCUGCGUCGUCCGAGGACCCGGCUGGGGAAAAGGAGUCUCGUACGAACGGUCGGAAAAUGUUGGAGCGAUCGGGUAACAAGUCUAGCCACGAUCUUUGGCAGACUAUGCUGAAGAAGGGGUCGGCUAGCGGUGCUGCACUUCCGAGCGCUGUCACUUCGACGACUGCUUCUGGAUACCUGCCUCCAUACUUUGGUAACGCGGCCGCAUCUCUCGGGCCGGCAAUUCCAAAUACGAAUAGUCCUCCGGUCCGUGUCGCAUCUGCCGUUGGAAACAAGACCACCGAAUGCGACUCUCCCCCGACACCUACAGGGAAAGUCGGAGAGAACUGCCCGCCCGACGAUGCUCACUCGGCAGACUACGAUCCCGGAAGAGACAUUCAGGAACGUAUGCUCCGUGACGCACAGAGGCGUGGCGUAAUUGGUUCAGACUGGCAGUAA